CGGUCGCAGACCGCGGUGAAACGCAGCACUUGAUCAAAAACAGCUGCGUAGUCAACCUACGACGCGUGCAUACACGACACAAGUGUAUGCUAACCUGCUCGUUUAUUAAGACGCGAUAGCGGAGACAUACCUGCUGUAUCCGUAGUUUCCUUCUUCUCUCCCGCUCCUCUCGAAUGAGUUGAGCUUCUUCGUUCGGGCUUAGCCGCAGUUUGGACACUUUUCCCUUCAUCAUCCCGCAAGCCAGCGACGGCCGAGAGCUGAGUAAACUAACCUUGUCUAGUCCUGUUCCGGACUUUUAUUAACCUGGUCAGUUUGGCGGUCAACAUGGUAUUUUAGGAUUCUUUUUAAAACCGACGGCCAAAUGGAGCUUUUGUUUUCAAUUCGCAGUAGCCAUGUCGACCAGGAAAGACUGUUAAAACGUCACUUCCUGUGUGUUAAAAAGCCCGCCAUGCCCCGCCGGUCCGUCACUGAUAACCUUCCCCCUUUUCCAUUCAUAGAAUUCCUAACAUUUAUUAGGUUUAAUAUGCAAAUAUUUUAGAGGAGAAGGGGUGAGAUUAGAGCUUUUGCCCAUCUUCAGCAAGCACACAUGAUGGCAACACAAACUUCAAAGUGCAGUAUUUAGAAAUUUCGCUAGGAAGCAGUGUUUCGCUAGAUGUCACACAGUAACAGAAGAAGAAGGCUGCUCUUAGCUGAUCUCUAGGGGGCGAUAGAGUAUUCUUUGUUGAAAUCGUAGAAUGAAUCGUUGACGGACACAAGGGAGAACUAGACUACGAUAUAUCAACCAAUUUCACCAACAUCUUCGUUUUUGAUAAAAGUUAUAGUCAUGUCUGGUGGUCCGGCGGUCACCGUCAGCAUCGAGUCCUUCUGUGAGAAGCAGGUUCAGGAGGUGGCCCUGGAUGGGACGGAGACCUACGUCCCACCACUGUCCAUGUCCCAGAACCUGUCCAAGUUGGCACAGAGAAUAGACUUCAGCCAGGGAUCCGACUCAGAGGAGGAUGGAGUGGAGCGGGAGCCGAGGGAGCGCGAGUGGGGGAAGCAGGAGCCGGAGGAGGAGGAAGGCACGGUGAAGUUCCAGCCUUCGCUCUGGCCCUGGGACUCGGUGCGGAACAACUUGCGCAGCGCUCUGACGGAGAUGUGCGUUCUACACGAUGUGCUCAGUGUGGUGAAGGAGAAGAAGUACAUGGCCUUGGACCCAGUAUCACAGGACCCCAGCGCUGGGAAGACUCCACAGGUCUUCCAGCUCAUCAGUAAGAAGAAGUCACUGGGCACGGCAGGUCAGCUGCUGCUAAAAGGAGCCGAGAGACUUAACAAGUCGGUGGCUGAGAACAUGGAGAACCGGAGGCAGCGGGACUUCAACUCAGAGCUGCUGCGGCUGCGCUCGCAGUGGAAGCUGCGCAAAGUGGGGGACAAGAUCCUGGGAGAUCUGAGCUACCGGAGUGCAGGUUCCCUGUUCCCUCACCAUGGCACAUUUGAGGUGAUCAAGAACACAGACAUCGACCUGGACAAGAAGAUCCCAGAGGACUACUGCCCUCUGGACGUCCUGAUCCCGGGUGACCUGGAGGGCUCUGCGUACAUCAAGGUCUCCAUCCAGAAGCAAGCUCCAGAUAUCGGAGACCUGGGCACAGUGAACCUGUUUCGCAGACCCCCGAAACCAAAAUCUGGGGCGCAACCAUGGCACGUGAAGUUGGAGGCGGCUCAGAACGUGCUGCUCUGCAAGGAGAUCUUUGCUCAGUUGUCCAGAGAAGCAGUUCAGAUCAAGUCCCAGAUCCCUCACAUCGUGGUGAAGAACCAGAUCAUCUCACAGCCGUUUCCAGGACUGCAGCUGUCCAUCUCGCUGUGUCACUCCGCUGGAGAAAAGAAGGUCAGCCGAGCGUCUCCAGAGAAACCCAAACCUGACGACCAUCUCUACGUGCUAGAACACAACCUGCAUCAGAUGAUGAGGGAGUUCCACAAGCAGCAGCUGAGCUCGGUGGUGAUGCCUCACCCGUCCACCGCCCCCUUCGGACACAAGCGCAUGCGUCUGGCCGGCCCGAUGGCCUACAGCAAGGCUGAGAUCUCAGGCCUGCAGCAGAGCGAGGGGCUGCUGGAAAAGAUCAUCAAGCAGGCCAAACACAUUUUCCUCCGCAGCAGGACGGCCCGGACCAUCGACAGUCUGGCCAGUCGCAUAGAAGACCCUCAGAUCCAGGCCCACUGGUCCAAUAUCAACGAUGUGUACGAGUCCAGCGUCAAAGUCCUCAUCACCUCUCAGGGCUACGAGCAGAUCUGCAAGUCCAUCCAGCUGCAGCUGAACAUCGGAGUGGAGCAGAUCAGAGUCGUGCACAGAGACGGACGCACCAUCACCCUCUCACACCAGGAGCAAGAGUUGCAGGACUUCCUGCUUUCUCAGAUGUCGCAGCACCAGGUACAUGCCGUCCAACAGCUGGCCAAGGUGAUGGGCUGGCAUGUCCUGAGCUUCAGCAACCACGUGGGCAUCGGGCCCAUGGAGAGCAUCGGGAACGCCUCAGCCAUCACCGUCGCCUCGCCCAACGGAGACUACGCCAUCUCCAUGCGGAAUGGGCCGGAGACAGGCUGCAAAGUCAUGGUCCAGUUCCCCCGCAGCCAGACCAAGGAGCUCGCCAAGAGCGACGUUAUACAAGACUCCAAGUGGAACCACCUCCGAGGACUGUACAAGGAGGUCCACUGGAGCAAGAUGGAGGGUCGGAACUUUGUCUACAAGAUGGAGCUGCUGAUGGCGGCGCUCACUCCGUGUCCAUAGAUUGAACUUUCUCAACAGGGCGAUGGUGGUUUUAGGACCUUUUCCAGGUUCUGGUCCACCUAUGUUACUCUUGUUUGUCCGAGUCACUUUGAUAUAAAAUAAAAGAAUCAGACCUUAUGCAGAUUUUGCCGCAGGAUCACACACACUCAACCACCACGUUGUCCCAGCUAGCCAGGGUCACAUGAUCGGAUUUAUCUGUCGAGUGGACUGAAGUAUGUUCGUAGAUUCGUGCUUACUUCAUAGAACUUGAGAAAGAUAGAGAAACAGCUGAAGCAUCUCGUAGAUCUGGUUGUGUCAAACCAAGGGCAUAAACUGUUACUAGUCUUUCCCCACAAGGGUGCGCUGGAGAGUUAAUAAAAGACAAGCAUUUUAUAUAUAUUUUACACCUGUGAGAGUUGGGAGCUCCAGGACCAACAAUAGAACUUGAAACAGUCCAACACUAGUGAAGGCAGUGAAUGCAACACUCUGGUUCUGUGUUGUUUAUAAACUCACUUUUUUGCUGACUUUAUUAUUGUUGAAAAGGAAGUCAAAUAUUUAAAUAAAAGCCCGUCAUGUGUAAUAGCUGCAAACCUCAUCAGGGUUCAACUGUGAAUGGAGAGGAAGAGCUGCAUGUAAAGGGAGGCAGUAUAACACUAACCACACUUGAACCCUGACAACAGAGAGCGUUUCGACAGUCAUCAGGCUUGGUCUGAGAUCAGCAUGUGGGUCAGUUUGACCUCAUUGUGCCGUUCACAGUGAACCACAGAGGUUGGGAGCUCAUGAACCUAUUCUUGGAAGUACAACAGUGUGAACAAGUUCUUUGUUUGUUUGACCCUGAAGGCAUCAUUUCCAGGACCCAGUCUGUUUCUGGGCAAACAGCAAAUAACUAGACUCAGAACAGUAAAUGUAUUUUGAAGACUUUCAAAAACAAAAGAAUGAAUGUGAAAUAAAUUCAGAACACAGG